UUUUUCUUUUCUUUAUCUGCUGCAAAAACCAGAGAAGAACAGUAGAGAGAGAAAGAUCUUUCAUAAAUUGGAGAGAGAAGAGAGAGACCAACGGGAAUCUUCUGUGCAGCUUAGAGCGAGAAGAUCGAAACCCAACUCUUGUUUUUGCAGCAUGUGCAUGAUAUGUUAGGCUAGAGAGAGAAACAGAAUUGGACUCUGUUUGAAUGCAAGACAGAGAGGAGGUAGAGAGAGAAUAGCGAAUUGAAUUCCUACGAUGUUAUGACUUGUGCAUGAGAGCUGUAGUGUUACAGAGAGAGACAGAGAGAGAUUCUGCAAUGUCGCCUGAAAUUAAAAAAUCGUCCACUCUUCGUCAGAGAUCUUUGCCCCAAAACGCUGCCACGGUUGUGGAUACAUCCCUUUCAUCAUCUUCGUCAUCUUCUUCCUCGUGUUCACCUGAAAAUUCUCUUCAGAGUGUUGAGGGAUUUGUUGUGCAGAAGGAUUCGAAUCGAAAUGGUGAAAAUUCUGAACUGAAUAAAGAAUCCGCCAUCGAAAAUGAUAAUCAUGUUAGGACAGACAAUGAAUCCAUGCAUAAUGGUGAUCACGUUGGCCCUUCAAGCAUUUCGGUGAGUCAUGGUUAUCGAGCUGCUGCUCCUGCUCAUAGGAGAGUGAAGGAGAGCCCCCUCAGCUCUGAUGCCAUAUUCAAGCAGAGCCAUGCCGGUCUCUUUAACCUCUGUAUUGUGGUACUUAUUGCAGUGAACAGCAGGCUUAUUAUUGAGAACUUGAUGAAGUAUGGCCUUUUAAUUAGAGCUGGAUUUUGGUUUAGCUCCAGAUCACUUAGAGAUUGGCCACUUUUAAUGUGUUGUCUCACUCUGCCAGUAUUUCCUCUUGCUGCUUUUGUGGUUGAAAGGCUUGUACAGCACAAAUUUAUUUCAGAAUCUAUUGUGGUUUUGUUACAUGUAAUAAUUACCACUUCUGAAGUCUUAUAUCCCAUUUUUGUGAUACUGAGGUGUGAUUCUGCUGUUUUAUCAGGCCUUGCUUUAAUGCUGUUUACUAGCAUUAUUUGGUUGAAGCUGGUCUCCUACGCACAUACUAAUUAUGAUUUAAGAACUCUUGCGGAAUCAGAAAAUAAGGGUGAUGGGUCCCUUACUACAAAGCUUGAAAACCCUCAGAAUAUCACCUUAAAAAAUAUGGCUUAUUUCAUUGUGGCCCCCACAUUAUGCUACCAGCCGAGCUAUCCUCGUACUGCAUUCAUUCGGAAGGGUUGGAUUAUUCGUCAACUGAUUAAGUUGGUGAUAUUUACCGGACUUAUGGGCUUUAUCAUAGAACAAUACAUAAAUCCUAUUGUAAAGAACUCACAGCACCCUCUGAAAGGAAACUUCUUGUAUGCUAUGGAAAGAGUCUUGAAGCUAUCAGUUCCAACCUUAUACGUCUGGCUCUGCAUGUUCUAUUGCUUAUUUCACUUGUGGUUGAACAUACUAGCAGAGCUCUUGAGAUUUGGUGAUCGAGAAUUUUAUAAAGAUUGGUGGAAUGCAAAAACAAUUGAAGAGUAUUGGAGGAUGUGGAACAUGCCUGUACAUAAAUGGAUGGUUCGCCACGUCUAUUUACCAUGUUUGCGUAAUGGCAUACCAAAGAGUGGUGCCAUUAUGAUUUCUUUCCUCGUUUCUUCCCUAUUUCAUGAGCUAUGCAUUGGCAUCCCCUGCCACAUUUUUAAGUUUUGGGCUUUCAUUGGAAUAAUGUUUCAGGUUCCUUUGGUGAUCCUUACGAACUAUCUGCAAAAUAAAUUCCAAAAUGCUAUGGUCGGAAAUAUGAUCUUUUGGUUCUUCUUCUGCAUCCUUGGACAACCAAUGUGCGUCCUUCUUUAUUACCAUGACAUAAUGAACCAGAAGGGGAGGAUGAAAUAACCCAUGUUCAUGAAAUGCAUUAACCAUUUGAUGGUGGUAUUGGCUUUAAAAUUGGUGGUGAACUUCAUCUCCAAUUCCAUGUGAUUUCCUCACUCUGAAGGCUCCUACUGUUACCUGAUUUGCUAUUGCUCCCCAUAUGGAACUAUGGCUGGAUGCUCCUGGCAUUUUUACCAUUCCAUGCUCCAUGCAGAUGAAUUUGGUCGCAUAUAUACCAAACUUCAAUGGUCACAGCCAUAUAGAGCAAGCAUCAGUUCCCGUAUACCCAAUUGAAGUUACUGUCACUUGUCAUACUAAAGGCACCCUUGUUUCCUUUGACACUGUAAUUAUGAGAAUCCUCAAUAGCCAUUGGAGCAGUAUGGUUUUUCACUUCAAAAAAAUUCUGAGAAGAAAUGCUCCUCUUGUGUGGAAGACCACAGAGACGGUAGAUAGGAUCUGGGUUUUUUUGGUUGCUCAAACUGAAGCUUGGACCAUAUGGGCAGUGUAUUAGACCUUAAAUACAAAUGUAGAUGGUUUGUUGCUCUGUUUCAUAAAAGAGACUUGAGAGUUUGAUGCUUGUGGUAGGUGGUUUAGUAGAACUUAACUU